AUGAACUAGAGUAUACCCUUACAGGGAUCCGUGACAUUCAAAGAUGUGACUGUGAACUUCACCCAGGAGGAAUGGCAACAACUGGACUCUACUCAGAAGUCCCUCUACAGGGAUGUGAUGUUGGAAAACUAUUGUCAUCUCAUUUCUGUGGGGCUUCACAUGACUAAACCUGACAUGAUCUGUAAGUUGGAACAAGGUGAAGAGCUAUGGACAACAAAGAUAAUUUAUCCGAAUCAAACCUACCUAGAAGAAAAUGAGGAAAGUGGAGAUGUUUUAAUGAUGUUCAGAAAAUACCAAGACAAGCAUCCCAAAUCAGGUAUAUUCAUCAACCACAGAAAACGAAUCAAAGAAAGAAGUAACAUUAAUGGGAAAGCAGUUAGCCUAGGUAAAAACCAAAUUACUGCGAAAACAACAACACUAUGUAACUCUAAAACAGAAGGAAAAGCUUUGAAAAAUAUUUCUGAUUUUGUCAUUAGAAGUAUUAACCCUGUAAGAGAGAAGUUUGGUGAGAGUAGUAGAUGGGAGAAAUCUUUCCUCAGUGCAAAGCAUGAGAAAGUUCAUUCUGUAGUGGAUCUCCAUAAACAAACAGAGAGGGGUCUUGGUUACAAACAGGAGCUUAUUCAGCAUCAGAAAGUCCAAGCUCCAGAGAAACUGUUUGAACAUAAUGAGUGUGAAAAGCCCUUCUUUAUAAAAGGAAUGCUUUUUACAGACACUACAGUUCACCGAGGUGGAAGAUCUCAUGAACAUGAUAAAGAUGAUAUACCUUUUAUCCAGAAAUUAAAUGCCAGUGUCCAUCCACAAACUCUUAUGGAAAAGAAGCCCUAUGCAUAUGGUAAAUCUGGAAAAUUCUUCUGCAAGAAGACUGUUUUCAUAAUGCACGAGAGAUCUCAAACAGAGAAACCCUUUCAUUGUCCUUACUGUGGGAACAGCUUUAAGAGGAAGUCAUAUCUCAUUGAUCAUCAAAGAAUUCACACAGGUGAGAAACCUUAUGUUUGUAGUCAGUGUGGGAAGGCCUUCCGUCAGAAGACAGCUCUCACACUUCAUGAGAAGACGCAUAUAGAAGGGAAACCUUAUUUUUGUACUGAUUGUGGGAAGUCCUUCCGCCAGAAAGCGACACUUACUAGACAUAACAAAACACAUACAGGGGAGAAAGCUUAUGAAUGUACUCAGUGUGGGAGUGCCUUUAGAAAGAAGUCAUACCUUAUUGAUCAUCAGAGAACUCACACAGGAGAGAAACCAUAUCAGUGUAAUGAGUGUGGGAAGGCAUUUAUCCAGAAGACAACCCUUACUGUGCAUCAGAGAACUCAUACAGGAGAGAAGCCCUAUAUAUGUACCGAAUGUGGGAAAUCUUUCUGUCAAAAGACAACACUGACUCUCCAUCAGAGAAUUCAUACAGGGGAAAAACCCUAUAUUUGCAAUGAAUGUGGGAAAUCUUUCCGCCAGAAGGCAAUCCUCACUGUUCAUCAUCGAAUACAUACAGGGGAGAAAUCCAAUGGAUGCCUUCAGUGUGGGAAAGCUUUUAGUAGGAAGUCAAAUCUAAUUCGCCAUCAGAAAACUCACACAGGAGAGAAACCAUAUGAAUGUAAGGCAUGUGGAAAAUUCUUUAGUUGUAAGUCAAACCUCACAGUCCAUCAGAAAACUCACGAGAAGAAACUGAAAUACAAGUGA